UCAGCCUGCCCUGCCAGCCCCACUGCAGCACAGGGACGGGGGCCAGACAGGCUGGAGAUGGAGCUGCUGGCCGUGCUGGGCUGUGCCCUGCUGCUCCCCACGGUGCUGGGGGAGGAUUGUCCAUCCCAGUGCAGCUGCUGGUCCCUGGGGGAGCCCUGGGGGAUAGGGGUGGACUGCAGCUCUCGGGGGCUGCACGCCCUGCCCGCCCUGCCGCGCCUGACCCGCAUCCUGCACCUGCACAACAACAGCCUGGCCUCCAUCCCCGCCGGGGCCCUGGACAGCCUGGGCCACCUGCAGGAGCUGCGGCUGUGGGACAACCCCUGGCACUGUGACUGUCACAUCCUGUACCUGAAGCUGUGGCUGCAGGAUUUCUCCGCGCCCGCGCUCGCCCGGCUGCGCUGCGCCAGCCCCGCUCCACUCAGGAUGAAGCCCCUGGGGCAGCUGACUGGGAACGACCUGGGUGUCUGCACCAGGCUUCUCCCGACCAAGUGUCUCCAGUUCUUCUGGAGAGACCUCAUUUUAAUUGCUGGAGCAGUAAUUACCCUCCUUCUAGUGGCGUGGGCUCUGAAGUUCUCCAAAAAGCUGGUGUGCCAGCUCCGCCUCGGGAGCCGGCGGCUGAGGAGGAGCAUCCCCAAAACCCACAAGGUACUGUGAGCUCUUCCCUGCUGUGGCAGAAACU